UAAACUAGCCACCGCUCCCCUAUAAAGCAAAGAUCUCCAGCAGAGAAAACGUACACUGUAGGUGAAUCCACGUUGUACAGCAUGAGGCGCUGUAUACUGCCAAUUUUCUUGCUGAUCGUUGGCACCCUUGCCGACCACGGUCAUCGAAAGUUCCCGGAUGACUUCGUAUUCGGAGUAGGAACUUCCGCGUACCAGAUUGAGGGUGCCUGGAACGAAGAUGGGAAAGGUGAAUCUAUUUGGGACCGGCUGGUGCACGAACACCCCGAGAAGAUCAAGGACAGAACCAAUGGAGAUGUGGCUUGCGAUAGCUACCAUCAGUGGCGUCGUGACGUUGAGAUGGUAAAAGAGUUAGGUGUGGAUGUGUACCGGUUUUCGAUUUCGUGGUCUCGAAUCAUGCCAAAUGGAAUGCGUAAUCAAAUCAACCAGAAGGGAAUCGAUUACUACAACAACCUCAUCAACGGGCUACUGGAAAAUGGGAUCACUCCUUUGGUGGUGCUGUAUCAUUGGGAUCUUCCUCAGCGGCUGCAGGAGUUGGGAGGUUGGACAAAUCGGGAAAUCAUCGGUCACUUCAGGGAAUACGCUCGGGUAGUGUUCCAAGCAUAUGGAGACCGUGUUAAAUGGUGGACCACUUUCAAUGAACCUAUUCAAACCUGCCGGCUAUCUUACGAGUACGACGCCAUGGCUCCUGGCUACGAUUACCCAGGAAUCGGAAGCUACCUGUGUACUCAUAAUGUACUUUUGUCUCAUUCGGAAGCUGUCGAACUUUAUCGCAAUCACUUCCAGCCACUGCAGCAAGGUAAAAUCGGUAUCACCCUCGAUACGUCUUGGGCCGAACCAGCAAGCGAUUCACCUGAAGAUCAAGAAGCUUCGGAUCGCAAUCUUCGAUUCCUGCUCGGUUGGUACGCCAAUCCCAUCUUCUCGAAGACCGGCAAUUACCCACAGGUCAUGAUCGACCGAAUUGGUCAGUUCAGCGAACAGCAAGGUUUCAGCAAAUCGCGCCUUCCCGCUUUCACUCAGGAUGAAAUCGAAAAGCUCAAAGGAUCAGCGGAUUUCUUCGGCUUUAACACCUACACUUCUAACGUGGUCUACCAAAUGGAUAAAAAUGAGGCAGCCACCUUCCGUCAGCCGUCUCAUGACCACGACAAGGCUAUCGGUGAGUACCAGUUGGAGGAAUGGCCAGCCACCGGUUCCGAUUGGUUCCGCGUCUAUCCUCGGGGCGCGUACAAGAUACUGAAAUGGAUUAGCAAGGAGUACGACAACCCUCCGGUGUAUAUCACCGAAAACGGGUACAGCGAUUGCGGAGGCACCCGGGAUGAAGGGCGGGUACAGUUCUACAAGGAUUACUUGAGUGCUGUUCUUGACGCGGUCGAAGAAGGUUGCAAUGUUAAGGGCUACAUCGCUUGGAGUUUGAUGGACAACUUCGAGUGGCGCGCUGGGCUUUCGGAGCGAUUUGGGCUGUACUAUGUCAACUAUACCGAUCCGGCUAGGACCAGGAUUGCCAAGUCGUCUGCCCGAUUCUUUGCGGAUGUUGCUCGUACCCAUACCAUCAACAUGGACCUGAUGCCGGAUCCCGAAUACGAUGUCGAUGAUUGA